AUGAUUAUUAUGAUAUUGAUUUCAUGUAUUAAUAAUAUAAAUCAAUUAAAUCAAUGGGAUUGCGGUGUUAGUCGUAAGCCGUUUGUCAAUCGACUAGAGUUGGGUCGUGUGAUCGGUGGUACCGAUGCUUUCAGAGGAGAGUUUCCAUGGAUGGUAUCAUUACAAUUGGUUAUCAAUACGACACUAGUCUAUCAUUUAUGUGGCGGAUCUAUAGUCAACCAACAGUGGAUCGUAACGGCAGCUCAUUGUGUACAACCCUAUAAACAUGAUCUACAAAACAAACUAUUUGUACGCUUUGGUUCGUUGAAUUCAAGUAUCGGUUUUGUACACAGAUUAGCCAAAACAGUUAUACAUCCCAUGAACAGGUAUGACGGUGACAACAACGAUGAUAACUAUGCCGACAUAGCGCUCAUCAAAUUGGACCGACCGCUACGGUAUAGGAAAAUCUAUGGCUACUAUUUGGUGAAUAGCGUAUGCCUGCCAAACAUUAGCGACAAUUUCUAUUCAACAACUUAUGCCACAUUAUCCGGUUGGGGACAAUAUAGAUACAGGGAUCCCAUUUAUGGUGCCUGGGUUUACAAGGAAACGAAAAUUCUACAUAAAGUCGAUGGUAUGCCUAUCGUUAGUGAGAAGGCCUGUCGUCAGCAUUAUCGGGACUCCCAGUUCAAUCUGUCCCGUUAUAUAACCAAUGGAUCGGUAGUCUGCAGUGGUGGUAACGAGAAGGGUAGUUGGUCGGUGAGUAGUCGGGCGACUCCGGUGGUCCACUAGUAUAUUAUACGGAUGACUAUCGCAGGGCUG